AUGACUUCCAUAUUUGCUCCAACCAUCUGCGAAGUCGAUCUCAAGAAGAUCGAUUACCUGCCCCCCGCAACAGCCGCAUACUACUCAGACCUCUACGGUGCAUACGGACUUCCCAAUGGGUCUAUUCAAUCCAUCUCUUUUCAGGCAUGCCCAGAGCCCCCAAAAGAGCAAUAUCUCCACUUUCCUGUUGUGCUCUUUUCGCCUGCUCUCGGCACUACACGGCUGUUCUACAAUGCCCUUGCACAGGCUGUGGCUAGUGCCGGGUACGUCGUGGUGUCUAUUGACCACCCCUAUGAUACAGAGUUCCUGGAGUUCCCUGACGGAAGCGUCAUUACUGCCGCGAACAUCAGUGAUGCGCAGGUUCCACUGGAUGUCAAGACGCGAGCGCGAGAUGUGUCUUUCGUCUUGGAUCAGCUGAGCACAAAGGCUGGUAUGGCAGCUCUACUCCCUGGAGCAGGAGCGGUGGGGUUAAAGACCCGAGAUGUCGCGAUGUACGGUCACUCUGUCGGGGGUGCGGCCACGGCUGAAGCCAUGCAUUUGGACCGACGGAUUGUGGCCGGAGUGAACCUCGACGGGUCAAUGUUUGGACCGGUGGUUCAACACGGACUUCGUGGUCCAUUCCUCUUGUUCGGUCACGAAAAUAAGACCCAGACAACAGACCCAACGUGGAAAGAGUUUUGGUCAAAUGUGCGGGGGUGGAAAUUAGAGCUGGAACUGGCCAAGGCUCAACAUUACACCUUCUCUGACUUGCCGUUCCUGUUGAAGCUUCUGGGUCUACCUAUUCAAAAGAUGCCGGCCAUCCAAACGAUGGUUGGAACUUUGGAUGGGCUCAAGGCAUUUGAAAUUGUUCACCGAACCAUCGUUGCCUUUUUGGGGUUUGGGCUUCGUCAAACUUCACCCGCUUCACUUCAAGAGGUCAUUUUAGAGUAUCCGGAAGUGUCGGCCAUUGCGCGGUAA